AUGCAUACCAACACGUACAUGAACAAUCUGCUAGAUCAAGGGCUGUCGCGGCAAGACGCUCUCGUAUUCUACGGCAGCGGCACCAAGGCGCGCACGCGGUUUGCCUGGGGCACGGAAACGCGCGAGGCCGGUAUCCGUGCUUUCACCGACACCGUUCGACCCAUGUUCCUGACUGCACUCUGUCUUUCAGUGAUCCCUUUGCUGGCCGGCCUGAUCAUGCCCAACUACUAUCUGGGCCGCACGCAGAAUGUGGUUGAUGGUACCACCAACGGAGGCACUGUCAUCGACGAGGACCUGAAUGUUCGACACCGCGACGGCGGACGAGAACACGGCCCGUGA